CUGGUUCCGGGCCCCACGCUGCCGGAAGCGGAAAUAGCACCCGGCGCAGCUUGAGUUGCAGUAACUGCCACCGCGAUGCCGAAGGCGCCCAAACAACAGCCGCCGGAGCCCGAGUGGAUCGGGGACGGAGAGAGCACGACCCCGACAGACAAAGUGGUGAAGAAAGGGAAGAAGGACAAGAAGACGAAAAAGACGUUCUUUGAAGAGCUGGCAGUAGAAGACAGACAGGCUGGGGAAGAAGAGAAGGUGCUCAAGGAGAAGGAGCAGCAGCAGCAGCAGCAGCAGCAGCAGCAGCAAAAAAAGAAACGAGACACCCGAAAAGGCCGGCGGAAGAAGGAUGUGGAUGACGAUGGAGAAGAGAAGGAGCUCAUGGAGCGUCUUAAGAAGCUCUCAGUGCCGGCCAGUGACGAGGAGGAUGAGGUACCUGCCCCGGUUCCCCGAGGAGGGAAGAAAACCAAGGGUGGUAAUGUUUUUGCAGCCCUGAUUCAGGAUCAGAGUGAGGAAGAGGAGGAGGAAGAAAAACAUCCUCCUAAGCCGGCCAAGCCAGAGAAGAAUCGGAUCAAUAAGGCUGUAUCUCAGGAACAACAGCCAGGGCUCAAGAGCAGAAAGGGAAAGGAGGAGAAGUCAAAGGGGAAGGCCAAGCCUCGAAAUAAAUUUGCUGCUCUCGACAAUGAGGAGGAGGAGGAUGAAGAGGAAAUAACAAAAGAAAAGGAGCCUCCCGGGCAAGAGAAGGAGAAGGCCAAGAAGGCAGAGCAAGGCUCCGAGGAAGAAGGAGAAGAAGAGGAGGAAGGGGAGUCCAAGGCUGAUGAUCCCUACGCUCACCUUAGCAAGAAAGAGAAGAAAAAGCUGAAGAAACAGAUGGAGUAUGAGCGCCAGGUGGCUUCAUUAAAAGCAGCCAAUGCUGCUGAAAAUGACUUCUCUGUGUCGCAAGCAGAGGUAUCCUCCCGCCAGGCUAUGUUAGAAAAUGCAUCUGACAUCAAGCUGGAGAAGUUCAGCAUCUCAGCCCAUGGCAAGGAGCUAUUCGUCAACGCUGACCUGUACAUUGUCGCUGGCCGCCGUUACGGGCUGGUGGGACCCAACGGCAAGGGCAAGACCACCCUCCUGAAGCACAUCGCCAACCGAGCCCUGAGCAUCCCUCCCAACAUCGAUGUGCUGCUGUGCGAGCAGGAGGUGGUAGCGGAUGAGACACCAGCUGUGCAGGCUGUUCUUCGAGCUGACACCAAGCGGCUGAAGCUGCUGGAAGAGGAGCGGCGGCUUCAGGGACAGCUGGAGCAGGGUGAUGACACGGCUGCCGAGAGGCUGGAAAAGGUCUAUGAGGAGUUGCGGGCUACUGGGGCGGCUGCUGCAGAGGCCAAAGCCCGCCGGAUCCUGGCUGGUCUGGGCUUCGACCCUGAAAUGCAGAAUCGGCCCACACAGAAGUUCUCGGGGGGCUGGCGCAUGCGUGUCUCCCUGGCCAGGGCACUGUUCAUGGAGCCCACGCUGCUGAUGUUGGACGAGCCCACCAACCACCUGGACCUCAAUGCUGUUAUUUGGCUCAACAACUACCUCCAGGGCUGGCGGAAGACGCUGCUCAUCGUCUCCCAUGACCAGGGCUUCUUGGAUGAUGUCUGCACCGACAUCAUCCAUCUCGAUGCCCAGCGGCUCCAUUACUAUAGGGGCAAUUACAUGACCUUCAAGAAGAUGUACCAGCAGAAGCAGAAGGAACUGCUGAAGCAGUAUGAGAAGCAGGAGAAAAAGCUGAAGGAGCUGAAGGCGGGCGGCAAGUCCACCAAGCAGGCGGAAAAGCAAACAAAGGAGGCGCUGACGAGAAAGCAGCAGAAGUGUCGGCGGAAAAACCAGGAUGAGGAGUCACAGGAGGCCCCCGAGCUCCUGAAGCGCCCCAAGGACUAUGAGGGGCAGAAGCCGCUCUUUAAGAAUCUGGAUUUUGGCAUCGACAUGGACUCGAGGAUCUGCAUCGUGGGGCCUAACGGCGUGGGGAAGAGCACCCUGCUGCUGCUGCUGACCGGCAAGCUGAUGCCCACUCGUGGGGAAAUGAGAAAGAACCACCGCCUGAAAAUCGGCUUCUUCAACCAGCAGUAUGCGGAGCAGCUGCGCAUGGAGGAGACGCCCACGGAGUACCUGCAGCGGGGCUUCAACCUGCCCUACCAGGAUGCCCGCAAGUGCCUGGGCCGCUUUGGCCUUGAGAGUCACGCCCACACCAUCCAGAUCUGCAAACUCUCUGGCGGGCAGAAGGCCCGGGUUGUGUUUGCGGAGCUGGCCUGUCGGGAGCCCGAUGUCCUCAUCUUGGACGAGCCCACCAAUAACCUGGACAUCGAGUCUAUCGACGCCCUGGGGGAGGCCAUCAAUGAGUACAAGGGUGCUGUGAUCGUCGUCAGCCAUGAUGCACGACUCAUCACCGAAACCAACUGCCAGCUGUGGGUGGUGGAGGAGCAGAGUGUCAGCCAGAUCGACGGUGACUUCGAAGAUUACAAGCGGGAGGUGUUGGAGGCCCUGGGUGAAGUCAUGGUCAGCCGACCCCGGGAGUGAGCUCCCCGUCUUGGAAGUCCCCUCGCCUCCCUGGCUCUCCUCGGAAGCCUGCCUCUGACCCAGCGGCCACUCGGGCACAUGAAGAAGGAGCGUGAUCUUGAUGUGACCAGGAUACCACUUUGACUGCUUCUUUUUCUCUGAAAGACUUGUCUGUUCUUCUCUUCAGAUAACUGAGCUGGCCUUGGCCUUGAACUCCUUCUGUACAGACAGAGGUGACCUUCGUUACCAUGGGGUUCCAUCCAGCCAGGCUUACGUGGCCAGUUGUCUAAGACUCUGUCCUCACUCAGAAGCCUGUCUCUGGUCCACCUCAAAGCUUCAGGCCCCACUGCCACCCCGGUCUGUGAGUGGUGCUGCUCUUUUCUGGUGGAUUCAAUGCUGACUUAACUGAUAAACUGCUGUUGCCGCUCAGAGCCAGAGGGAAGUUCUGAGGCCUGUGCUGUGACCCAGGAUUUGGUGCCUGCAGCCUCUAGUCUGGCUGGGGACUUGGGGGCAGGAAAGGAAUGCUGCUGAACUCAAAUCUCCCUUUACAAGAGGGAGAAAUAAAGGAAAGGAGUUGCCGCCACCCUGUCA